CAAACAACGUCCAACACCGGAGCACGAGAACUCAACCCAGACACAGCGCCCUCAUCUCCGUCGUCGUUCUCCGAGGAGACGCAAAACUUUCUUGCGACAUCCGUCAUGGCACCGAGGCUGGAGCGCGGCGGCAGCGGCUUCCAUCUCCCGAACUCCGAGCUGGAGGACUCCCUCUUCCUCCGCGCCCUCAUUUCCGUCGUAAACGGAGACGCCGUCGUCCCCACGCUGCAUCUCGAGCCGUCGUCCACGCCGCACUUUGCCGCUGCAGCUCCUGCGCGCGCCAGCUGCGGCGUGGACGGGUGUCUUGGCUGCGUGUUCGUUGCUGCGGCGGCAACGACCAGCUCGAGCAGCGAGGGCGAAGGGUGCUUCGCCGCGAGCUUCGUAAUGGACGGCGGCGUGGGGAAGAUCACGCGCAGGAGGAGGCGGAGCAAGUUCAGGGGCGUGAGGCAGCGGUCGUGGGGGAAGUGGGCGGCGGAGAUCCGCGACCCGCACCGCGCCGUCCGCAAGUGGCUUGGCACCUUCGACACCGCCGUGGAUCCCGCCCGCGCCUACGAUCUCGCGGCGCUCGAGUUCCGUGGCCACCGCGCCAUACUCAACUUCCCGGCCGCGGCCGCGUCGUCGUCGGCGGCUUCUGUUUCUGAUUCGUCUUGGGUGGCUGCGCAGUCGUAGAACUUGCCGGGCAGUCCUCGCGGGUCAAAAUGUGUCUUCGCGGCUACCGGGGUAGGUAGACAACUUCGUGAUCCAUGUUUGGAUGAUUUAUUCAUUCGCAUUUUUGAAAGGAUGUUGUUUAAUCCGAAUCAAUAUUCGUCGGUAAGCAUGGCGACCUGUACUCGGUGUAGCCGCUGCCAAAGCUAGAGCACGUGCUUCAGAAUUUGCGUACCUCCCCGUGACGCCACUCCCUCUUCUUCAGCUUACUAAUUUUCCCGGGUAAUGUUUUUUUUUUUUGACAAUUUUCCUGAGUAUAACAUAUAUGAGCGGUCUCGCUUGGUCAUUCAACACGGUCAGAUGAUAUCGGAACAUUGGUGAUACACAAUUCUAGGCUCGGCUCUAGAAUCUUUUUCCUUGGCAUCUCUCGUUCCAACGUUCAGACACGGCCGCGAAACAUUUCGAAGCACAGGCAAACCACAACUCAGAGCGUUUGGAAUACUAUUUAUUUUCAAAGCACACAAGAACCUCUACCGACAGAUGAGGUAGAAUAAUGACCAUGCUGAAAAACCCAUUGUUUGGGGCAUUUGGACAGAAAAUACUGCUCAAGCAAAUUAUGUAUCUCUAUUUCAUUCCUACAGAAAUUGCAACAGGCCCAAAUUUUUAGUUUUAACGAAUUUUGAAUAAGAUCCAUUUUGAAUACAUUUUGACGAAUUUUGAAUAAAUUUUUAGUUUCAACUCUUCAAACUUAAUACGAGCGGCCGAUAAAAUCAUGAUUUUUGUGCCUACAACCGAUAAAGAUAUUUCUUAAAUUUUAUUUAUGAAACUUGGUAAGACCCGAGUGAGAAAAUCGCAAUUUUUUAGAUGAAACUUUAAACCUACUGUGCUUUCAAGCGGGAUCCAACUGCUUCGCAAAACACGAGGCAAUCGAGUUGCCAGACAAGACUUGGCAGGUGCGUGCUCCCACACCUGCAUUGCCCCUGCGAAUUUUCGCAACUUGAACUUGUCUUCUCAGGUCGACGCCAGCUACCGCAUAUGCGAGAUGGAUCCAAGAGACGUGCUUUUCGCGUCCCCGCUUUCGUGGACACCGGCGUACCGCGAGACGUUCGAAAAGAGGUUUUCUGGAUCGGAACGACUGUUGCUUUCAGGCCGGCUCGUGUUCGACCAUUUCUUUCAG